GCAAGACCAGGACGAAAGACAAGUACCGGGUGGUGUACACAGACCACCAGCGCCUGGAGCUGGAAAAGGAGUUUCACUACAGCCGCUACAUCACCAUCCGUCGCAAGGCUGAGCUGGCCACUGCCCUCGGGCUCACCGAACGGCAGGUGAAAAUCUGGUUUCAAAAUCGGAGGGCGAAGGAGAGGAAGGUGAACAAAAAGAAGAUGCAGCAGCAAAGCCAGCCCACCAGCACCACCACACCGACCCCACCAGCUGUUGGCACGCCAGGACCCAUCGGAGGCCUCUGCAGCAGCAGCGCCCCAAACCUCGUCUCCUCGUCUCCACUCACGAUCAAGGAGGAAUUCAUGCCUUAG